AUGUACCUAUACAAUACCCACCAGGACUAUCUAUACCUAUACAAUAUCCACCAGGACUAUCUAUACCUAUACAAUAUCCACCAGGACUAUCUAUACCUAUACAAUACCCACCAGGACUAUCUGUACCUAUACAAUAUCCACCAGGACUAUCUGUACCUAUACAAUACCCUUCAGGACUAUCUAUACCUAUACAAUAUCCACCAGGACUAUCUAUACCUAUACAAUAUCCACCAGGACUAUCUGUACCUAUACAAUACCCACCAGGACUAUCUAUACCUAUACAAUAUCCACCAGGACUAUCUAUACCUAUACAAUAUCCACCAGGACUAUCUGUACCUAUACAAUACCCACCAGGACUAUCUAUACCUAUACAAUAUCCACCAGGACUAUCUAUACCUAUACAAUAUCCACCAGGACUAUCUGUACCUAUACAAUACCCACCAGGACUAUCUAUACCUCUACAAUAUCCACCAGGACUAACUGUACCUAUACAAUAUCCACCAGGACUAACUGUACCUUUACAAUAUCCACCAGGACUAUAUGUACCUAUACAAUCUCCACCAGGACUAACUGUACCUAUACAAUAUCCACCAGGACUAUCUAUACCUAUACAAUAUCCACCAGGACUAUAUGUACCUAUACAAUACCCAAACCCGGACUAUCUAUACCUAUACAAUACCACCAGGAUAUCUAUACUAUACAAUACCCACCAGACUAUUAUACCUAUACAAUACCCCCCAGGACUAUCAUACCUUACCCUUACCCACCAGAACUAUCUUACUAUACAAUAUCCACCAGGACUAAACUAUACCUAUACAAUAUCCACCAGGACUAUCAUAACCUCUACAAUACCACCAGGACUAUCUAUACCUCUAAAAUAUCCACCAGGACUAACUGUACCUCUACAAAAUCCCCGGACUAACUCUACCUAUACAAUACCCACCAGGACUAUAUGUACCUAUACCUCCCACAGGACUAACUGUACCCAUAACAAAAUCCACCAGGACUAUCUUACCUAUACAAUAUCCACCAGGACUAUAUGCCUAUACAAAUCCACCAGGACUAACUGUUACCUAUACAAUACCACCAGGACUAUCUAUACCUAUACAAUAUCCACCCGGACUAUCUAUCCUAACAAUAUCCCCCAGGACUAUCUAUACCUAUACAAUAUCCACCAGGACUAUCUAUACUAUACAAUAUCCACCAGGACUAUCUAUAACCUAUACAAUACCCACCAGGACUAUCUAUACCUAUACAAUUACCCACCAGGACUAUCAGUACCUAUACAUUACCCACCAGAACUAUCUAUACCUAUACAAUAUCCACCAGGACUAAACUGUACCUAUACAAUAUCCACCAGGGACUAA